GCUUUUGUGCCAAAGUCAUAUUAACCCCUGCCUAGUUAUUAUUCAGUGCACGACGUCCCGCACGCACGUUGAAUAUUCAUGUUGAUGGACAUUCGCUGUCGUUUUACUCCUCCCAUAUCCCAACGCAACAGCGGCGCGACGCAGCGCCAUGGAGACUGUCAAAGUACAGAAGAAACUAUGUUUACUGUUAUUCGCUAAAGCACAACUGCUUCUCGCUUUGUGCCUUCUUUUUAUUGUGUCACUCGCUGUCGCAGACAUGGCAGACACAACAGCCAUGCCCACCAAAGACCGCGCUCUGAAAGGAAGGGAGGAGAAAAUGGUCGUGGCAGAGAAGCAUGCUGUCAAUGGCAACCCCACAGUGGAGCCGUUUCCAGAGGGCAUGGAGACCAUCAUGUUUGGUAUGGGCUGUUUCUGGGGACCUGAAAAGCGCUUCUGGCAGAAAUCGGGGGUGUUCUCUACCCAUGUGGGCUACGCAGGGGGACACACACCCAACCCCAACUACCAGGAAGUGUGCUCAGGUUUGACAGGACACACUGAGGUGGUGAGGGUGGUCUUCUCCCCCGAGGACAUCAGUCUGGAGGAGCUACUCAAGGUGUUCUGGGAGAGCCACGACCCCACUCAAGGUAUGAAGCAGCAGGCAGACUAUGGAACCCAGUACCGUUCAGCCAUUUACACCUCCACUCACGCUCAACAGGAGCUGGCUCUCAACACCAGACAAGCCUACCAAGAGGUGUUAUCUGAGAAGGGCUAUGGAUCCAUCACCACGGAGGUUCUAGAGGGCCAGGAGUUCUUCUACGCGGAAGACUACCUCCAGCAGUACCUGAAGAAGGUCCCCAAGGGCUACUGCUGUCUGAAGGGGACCGGGGUGAGCUGUCCCAUCGGAGCUGAUUUAGACGAUGACAAAGACGAGCUGUGAAAAGAGAGAGAGAGAGCGUGAGCGAGAGAGAGAGAGAGAGAGAGAGAGAUGAGAAGAAGGGGAAGAGAAAGUGGAUGGAUUACAAGGUGGGUUUUUUGCAGAUCUGAGUUUGUCGCCAUCAAGGUGGAAAUCACGCUUUUGAAUUUUCCUGCUUCAUAUAGUCUCUUUAUGGCCAAGAUAGGAGACUUGUUUGGACAAUCUUGACUUUCUAUAAACAAUCAGCAAUAGGUAUGGGUUGAAAAAUGUUUCCACUCCCUAACGUGUUUCUGAACUCGCUUAGCAUUGAGUUCAUUUGGCUAAUUGGCUAAAUCAUUUCAAAAGUAUUUAGCAAUCUGUAUGAACGCUCUUGUAUACAAUGAUAAUUGUAUUUUCUCAUUUAAAUUGAAGUGUUGCAAUUCAAUAUAGCUCAUAUCAAGGUUAUUUUAUUAUUAUAUUGGUGCAUGAUGCCGUGAGACCUCUUUGUAUGCGAGGCUGAAGUACUGAUAGAAAUCCACAAGAUGGCAAUAGAUACCAACAAACUUAACCUCUCAACAAAACAUCUUCAGGAUUUCAUUCCAUCCACUCAAUGUGACACCCUCACCCUUUAGGGCUAUCUUCCAUUAAGAGAGAGAUUAGUAACCUUUCCAUAGAAGGGAUUUGCACGUUGUGGUAGAAAUUUUUGACAUGUAUGUUGGAAUCACAUCAGUUUUGUCUCCUUCUAUUGUCUCAUGCUCAGAAACAUACACUGACUAUACCAAACAUUAGGAACACUCUACAAGGUGUCGAAAGCAUUCCACAGGGAUGCUGGCCCAUGUUAACUCCAUUGCUUUCCAAAGUUGUGUCAAGUUGGCUGGAUGUCCUUUGGGUGGGGGACCAUUCUCGAUACGCACGGGAAACUGUUGAGCGUGAAAAACCCAGCAGUGUUGCAGUUCUUGACACAGUCAAACCGGUGUACCUGGCACCUACUCCCAUACCCCGUUCAAAGGCACUUAAAUUUUUUUGUCUUGCCCAUUCACCCUCUAAAUGGCACACAUACACAAUCCAUGUCUCAAUUGUCUCGAAGGCUUAAAAAUUUGUCUUUAUGUUACGUGCCUUUUAACGGAGGGAGGUGCAGGAAUCAGGAGCAGGAGAGCAAGGAAUUCCCAGUGGCAAAAUAGUUUAAUGAGCAGUCCAAAACACAACUACCACAUGGGACUGAAACAAGCCCAAACGAUGUUGCCACACACACAGGGAAAUAAAGCGCAUACACACGGGGGAGAAACCUCUACUCCUAAACUCACUACCAAACGGCACAACUGCCGAGAGAAAAGAAACCCCGUGGUGCAGACACGCACCCCUAAAUAACGUCACCACAGCAAACAAUCCCGCACAAAGACUAGCAGGCAGCGGAGGUAAAUAUACACACCGAAAUCAACUAACAAGACACAUGUGUAAACAAUACAGACAGACACAAACGAAAAGGAAAAAUGGAUCGGUGGCAGCUAGUAGGCCGGCGACGACGACCCCCGAGCACCGCCCGAAACAGGGAGAGGAGCCACCUUCGGUGGAAGUCGUGACACUUUAACAUGUCUCCUCCCCUUCACCUACACUGAUUGAAGUGGAUUUAACAAGUGACAUCAAUAAGGGAUGAUAGCUUUCACCUGGUCAGUCUAUGUCAUGGAAAGAGCAGGUGUUCAUUAUGUUUUGUACACUCAGGCUUAUGUGUGAGAGCAUCCCUGGUUUUCAGCGAAACAAAAUCAAAUCGACGUUUAUUGGUCAAGUACACAGUUUAGCAGAUGUUGUAGUGGGUGCAGCGAAAUGCAUAUGUUACGGGCUCCUUACGAUGCCGUAAAAUGUUUUUUUUAAAGCACACAGUGCCUCCCGAGUUGUGCAGUGGUCUAAGACACUAGUAGCUGUGCCACUAGAGAACCUGGUUCGUGUCCAGGCUCUGUCGCAGCCGGCCGCGACCGGGAGACCCAUGGGGCGGCGCACAAUUGGCCCAGCAUCGUCCGGGUUAGGGAAAGGUUUGAGCGGUAGCGCACUAGCGACUCCUGUGGUGUGGCGGGUGCAAUGCACGCUGACACGGUCGCCAGGUGCACGUGUUUCCUCCGACACAUUGGUGCGGCUGGCUUCCAGGUUAAGCGAGCAGUGUGUCAAGAAGCAGUGCGGCUUGGCGGGUCGUGUUUUGGAGGACGCACGGCUCUCGACCUUCGCCUCUCCCGAGUCCAUACGGAAGUUGCAGCGAUGGGACAAGACUGUAACUACCAAUUGGAUACCACGGAAUUGGGGAGAAAAAAGCACUUGAAAUCAAGAACGUCGGGACAAAACCAAUUAAUAACCCAAAUAGCAUCGUAACAGUAAUCAAAAUGCAAUCUAUACGUAUGUACACUGGAAGAUUUUAGACAAGAUAUGCCAUACUGAAUAAAAAUAUACAUGCAACAAUUUCAAAUAUUUUACUGAGUAACAGCUCAUAUAAGGAAAUCAGUGAAUUGAAAUCAAUUAAUUAGGCCCUAAUCUAUGGAUUUCACAUGACUGGGAAUACAGAUGCAUAUCAGAUGCAUCAUUUUUUCACACAGGAAAAAAAGAUAAAACGCAUAAAAAAUAUCUUGCUGCAUUUUGUAAAAACAGAUCUAAAAUGCUAGCUGUGCCAAUUGUAAUUUAUGCUCGUUAUCAGACUAAUUGUGUGCUUUAGUUGCACGUCUAAACUCAGCAGACAGUGCUCCGACUGAUGUGUAGCUUCUUUUAAAGUGCAAGAUUAACUUUAAGCAAAACAUUAAGGAAAUGUAGCUGGCUUUCUAUUAGGGCCCUAAACAUUAGAAAUAUGAUGGCCAUAUAUAGUUAUGCAAAGAAUACCUUGCCUUUUCAUUGUAAGCUCAUUUACUUGUGUGUCUGCCAGCCAAAUAGCGUUGCACUUCUAUUGUCAUCUGAUGAAAAUGAAGCUAUUUCAUGUUGAAUGUGUUGCACUAAUGUAUUUUCUGUGAAGGAAAACUGUAGUUGCACGUCCCUUAUCACUCUAUUGAAGCAAAUAUAAACACAGUUGACUUUCAAUAUAAAAUGUGACCCCUGUCAAUACACAGCUGGACUCACCUGCUCCCGCUUUCUACUGUUGUGCUAUUUACAAACAAACACGUGACUGGUUCAACUGUGCUAAGUAAGCUUCAUAAUGCAAAAUAAUGUGACGGAUAAAAAUGAAGUAUGUGAUCUUUAUCUCCUAACGUAUUGCACAAGUUGACUGCAGGUAUUUGCUUAAAAAAUAGCUACACAUAUGAAAUGUAUAAAAUGUAUUGAAAAACUUCAAAUAAAUAUUUUCAACAGUA